GUUUUAGCGCUUAGCGAGCUAACGCUAGCAAAUUUAGGCACUACAGAGUCAAAGGCAGCAAAAAUGGAUUUUUUCUUUGGCGACCUCCCGUCCCCCUCACAUCCCCCUCCCAGGAGCGGACAUGGAGACCUACAAACGACAGAAGAAACAGAUCAUAAUUCAACAAGAGGGAAGACUUCAAACAUGAGCAUGACUGAGAUUCAAGAGCAGCCUACCAGCUCAAGCAUAGAAGACAUCAGCAGAAGAGCGCAGGAUCUGAUAGAGCAGAUUAACGACACCCGCAGCAACGAUCAGAAGAUGAUGGACAGCUUUCAAGAGAAGCUGCUCAAGAAAGUGACAGAGAUGUGCCAGCAGAUGAAGGGACACAUGUACAUGGUAUAUGAAGAGAACAGUAAUGAGAUGCAGGAGAAGCUGCAGGAGCUGUCAGAGGUGCUGGAGAGCUGCAAUAAGCUCAACAAGGAGCUCAUGGAGGCCAGCCAGGCGCUGGCAGGUCUCAGAGAAGGCCUGGCCAUGAGCCAGAUGUCAGAAUCGUGAUAAACUAGUUAUUGUUCUGAUGCUCAUAUUAUGUGGAACUAGUUCAUGUGUUUUUCUGAAUCACUUAAUGUGAUCUUGUUUAAUAGGAUGGUGAGCAUUCAGAUUAGUUGACUUCGUCUCAGUAACUCCUUUUGGUUUCCUCUUUUUCCAAGAAUCCUUGGUUGACUCUGUCUUUGUUUUACGACAGUAGUUCAGGUUUCUUUGUGUUCAAACAAAUAAAAUGCAAUUUAUUA